AUGGGUAAUUACCGGAGUAACUGUGUGCAUGUGAGACACCACACUGGAGAGAAGCCAUAUGAAUGUAAAGACUGCGGGAAAGCCUUCACUCAUUCCUCAUACCAUACGGGUCACAGAAGAACUCACAGCAGAAAAAAGCCCUCUGUAUGUGUGGAAUGUGGGAAAGCCUUUACUCGAUCCACAGGACUUCUUUUACACAUGCGAAGUCGCACUGGAGAAAAACUACAUGAAUGUAAGGAAUGUGGAAAAGCUUUUAAUAAUUCUUCACUGCUCAGUCAGCACGUAAGGUUGCACAUCAGAGAGAAGCCAUAUGAAGGCAGGCAGUGUGGGAAAGCUUUCACUCAGUCAUCGGGCCUUACCACACAGUUAAGAACUCACACUGGAGAGAAGGCCUAUGCUUGUAAAGAACGUGGGAAAGCUUUUGCUCGUUCCACAAAUCUCAAUAUGCACAUGUGAACACACACUGCAGGAAAGCCAUACAAGUGUAAAGAAUGUGGGAAAGCCUUCAGAUACUCCACGUGCUUUAACGUGCACGUGCGAACUCACGCUGGAGAGAAACCGUAUGAAUGUAGGGAAUGUGGGAAAACCUCCACUCAGUCUUCAGCACUUGAGAAACACCUACAAAUGUUCCUCAGACCUCAGUAUUCACAUCUUUUUAAAAAUUUUUAA